AUGACAACUCAAGAUCCUGGUCCAUUACCACCCAUGUCGUCUUCUAUCAAUUGCAAAGCAGAGAGUGAGAUGUCUUUAUCUCCGUCGAGACCAUCGAGGUAUGGAACUUCCUGUGUGGGAUGUAGGAGGCGAAAGCAGAAGUGUGACGCUCAAAUGCCUUCUUGUUCCAGGUGCCUCAAGCUCAAGGAAGAUUGUGUUUAUGAGAGUAAUAGAUUAUCUAACCCAGGAAGUAAUACACGAAAUCAACCUUCAUCUUUACUCGUUCCACUGGUUACGAAAACAUAUCAAUUUCUUCGAGACAUCGCAGCGGAGACACAUGAUGAACCAGCAUCAGUCACACGAGCUAGGAUCAGAAAUUACAUAGAAGCAAAUCCUCUUCCUAGCUUCAUCCAACCCUCAGGACCUGACUCUGCUCGAUCACCUACGAAUCCUUUACCUACGACGGACAGUGGGGAGGUGAUGGAAGAUGAGAGUCAUUCAGAGGUUGAUGAAUUACUCAUGCACAUGUCACUCGCUGAUGAUGGUGAGAAUGGUCAUUUCGGUAUGACGUCUUUAUUCUGGAGGCCACCCAGUGCCAAUGUUUUGGAACGUAUGCAAAGACGAUUGUCAGAAACAAACAAUCGGACUUCCCGGACACCACUCAAUGAGGAGAUUAAAGCUUUAUGGAGAGAACGUGAUAGGAACACUUGGGAAGUUUGGGCAACAGAUGAGAAUGGUAUGGCCAUCGAUGAGGAUGCGGAUAUUUUGAAGGCGAACGCGUCUUUACUGAAUGGGUGGGAGAGUCUGGCCUAUACCAAAUUGGAACUUGAUUCAGACCCUGCAACGGCUCAAAUGAUUGUGCAUUUACUCAAAGUGUAUUUCUGCUGGCGUGAUAUGGCUCUUGGAGGACCUUACUUCAGUCCCUUCUUACUCAACGCUAUCUGCGCAUUGGCCGCUGGUUUCUCAGAUACAGCAGCAGGGCAUGCGUCCUCCAGCGACGGAUCUUUCACCCCUACCACUGCCAGUCAAGAUUUCCUUGCCAAGGCCAAACUUUUGCUGGCGUCAGAAAUGGACGGACCCUCCAAGGUUCCCACCAUCCAGGGAUUACUUUUGUUGGCCGUGAGAGAAUGCGCAUUUGGGAAUCUUGCUCAAGGUUGGCUUUACACUGGAAUGGUUCACUCAAUGAUGAGGGAUUUGGGAAUUCACCUCGAUUGUAAUCGACUGCCCAUCUUUGGUUUCGGAACUCUCACCGCCGAAGAUAGAGAGAUUCGUCGACGAUUAUUCUGGUCGACAUACACCUGGGAUAAGAUUGUGUCAUUAGCAUUGGGCAGAACACCCACUUUCAAUGCAUGGCAAAACGUCUCUCCUGGACCUAUUGUCGAUGAUACCGAAGAUGACGACCUGUGGCAGCCGUACUUUAUGAACGACCAUAUUCCCAAUGGCAUGCUUCCCUACCCUGCGCAGAAAUCGCACAUGACCCUCACUUCUAGGCACUUUGCCAAGUUAUGCGAGAUCAUGUGUAAGAUAGUAAUGCGUCUCUACGAUGGUAGACCACAAAGGAUGCGAAAUGCACCUUUCGUCUUGCGUAUGCGAGAACGACUUUUGACGUGGUUUGAAGGUCUUCCCCUUGCUAUCAAACUCGAAGUAGAUCAUUUACCUGAGGUCUGCCCGCCGCCACAUAUCUUCACCAUCAAUGCCCUGUACCGUGCUGCUUGGAUCUUGCUAUAUCGAUUGUUCCUCCCCAAUUCCAUCGUCAUUCGGAUGCAAUCACAAACUGCCAUCUAUGAAGAAGCUUCAAGUGCAUGUACUCAGAUGGCAGAGGAGUUACACCAACUUUUCCAACUUCAUUCCAAGACAUUCAAAUUGAGAAAUAUGAACUAUAUGCUUCUUUGGUCCAUGUACUCCGCAGCUACCAUCAACGCCAUCGACUUCCAAUCGCCAAAUCCUCUCGUAUCCACCGCUGCUAGUCCUCGACUCGGUCUUUCACUGCACGUUCUUGAACGUGGAAGUCUGCAAAGUCCUGGAACUAAGAGGUCAAUUGAAAUCAUCAAGCAACGUCUCAGAACGCCUUUCAAUCGACCGGAGAAACGUGCUGCUACUAACGAACCUACCGAACGUGGUCGUCGACCAAUGUUACCUCCCACAGCGGAAGUAACGUCCACGGAAAGUAAACACCUUCUGAUGGAUCAGCCUGACACGAUAUCAGCGUCGGUUGCUGAUUGGCCCUCGACAAUCUCGUUAUCCUCAGCUUCCGAUUCUUUCGAUUUCUCAGCUGUCUUCCCUGAUGACCGCCAGCCUGUGAGAGUUCCGGAUAUCACGGACAAUCGGAUGGAUCUGUUACAGGGUAUGAUGGCGAUACCACCCACUGGUGGUAACUCUUAUUCUUCGUAUCCCGAAUGGCCACCUGAGUGGACACCCCAAUGGUGGAAUGCUUAGCAUAGUGGACACGGCAAUGGUGGAACGCGUAGAAUUGUGAAAAGUCGACGAGGUAGGGGACUAUUACGAUCUUGUUGUGAUCUGUAAUGAUGAGGUUUGAUCUAGUCAACAAUUGGGUUUGUGGUUCAAUAUUAUAACAAUAGGGUAAUCAGUGUAUGCAUACAACUUGGGAGUCU